GGGAGAAUUAAUCAACCCUUUGGGUUUUAAUAUGGCGGAGUUUGCUAUUGAUCCUUUGUAUUCAAAAAUACUAUUUAGUUCAGGUGAUUUCGGUUGCUCAGAGGAAAUACUAACAAUAAUUUCAAUGCUGCAAGUUGAAUCAGUUUUUACAAAACCGUCUACUGGAAAUAUGAUUGCAAAGUCAAGGAUACAAAGAAGAAAUUUUGAGGUUGCCGAAGGGGAUUUAAUAACAUACUUGAAUAUAUAUUCAGCGUUUGUUAAAAGUGAAAUGGAUAAAGGAUUUUGCCACAAAAAUUUUAUCAAUUACAAAGCAAUGAAAAGAGUGGCAGAUGUAAGAAGUAAUCUCCAAAAAAUGGCCCUUAACUACAACAUACCACUUAUUUCGUGUCAAGGUAAUACAGAGGCUAUAUGUAAAUGUCUAGUAACUGGGUUAUUUCCUAAUGCAGCCUAUUUACAUUACUCUGGCGUUUAUAAGACAGUUCGAGGAAACAUUGAACUUUAUAUUCACCCUGAUAGUGUUUUAUACACUAUAGAACAACCCCAAUGGUUACUCUUUUGUGAAGUGGUACAAACAACAAAACUCUUUAUGAGGGACUUGACUGUUAUAAAUAGUGACUGGUUAUUAGAGUUGGUUCCACAUUUUUAUCAUAAAACAACUUGUUAUAAUUACUGACUGUUAUUGUAUUAGAAAAAUUGAAUUAUUUCAAUAAA